AUGGUUUUGUUUCAAGUGGAAGGUUGGGAUCUGAAAACCAAUGAAGUUUCUUACGAUAGUGCUAACACCAAGAAACAGAACAAGAAGAAGGAGAGAAAGGAAAAAGCGAAGAAAGCUCACGAGAGAAGGCUAAAAGAGACCGAAGAUGAGCAUAACAACUAUGCAGUCGAAAAGGAAGGAGAAGACGAGGUUGAACCUCAAGGGAGUCCCGAGUCCAGGAAGGUUUCGAAGAAGGCCCAAGCAGAUCGUAAGAGUUCGUCCAUCACCGAGAAACAUGACUCUACGAGCAAUAAACGUAAACGCAGCGACUCUAAUGGCUCAUCUGAGCUCGCAAAAGCAGAUUCUGAAGAAGCUGUUAUUUCGAAAAAGCCGCUGACUGCAUUGCAACAAAAGAUGAUGGCCAAAUUGAGUGGCUCGCGGUUUAGGUGGAUCAAUGAACAGUUGUACACCAUUACAUCGGAAAAUGCCCUGGAGCUAAUUAAGAAGCAGCCUGAGCUUUUUGAUGAAUACCAUGAUGGUUUCAGAUCUCAAGUUCAAGCUUGGCCUGAAAAUCCAGUGGACGUUUUCGUUGAACAGUUUCGUGCCAGAUCGCAGAAGCCUGUGAACGCCCCUGGUGGGCUGCCGGGUCUCGCUGCCGACAAAAAGAUUGUGGUUGCUGAUAUGGGAUGUGGCGAAGCACAGCUGGCCCAAGACCUCCAGAAUUUCUACGCCCAGUACAACCGCAAGCAAAAGAAGCAUUUCAAGAAAAACUGUGUAGUUCACAGUUUUGAUUUAAAGAAGGCCAACAAGCUAGUCACUGUGGCUGACAUCAGAAAUGUGCCUUUGCCAGAUGGAUCUUGCACUGUGGUGGUGUUCUGCUUGGCUCUGAUGGGAACUAACUUUUUAGACUUUAUCAAGGAGGCGUACAGGCUAUUGGCUCCUCGUGGUGAGCUAUGGAUUGCAGAAAUAAAAUCACGGUUCGCGGAUCGCCAGGGUGACGAGUUUGUCAAUGCUAUCAAGUUGCUCGGGUUUUUCCACAAGAAGACUGACGACACCAACAAGAUGUUUACCAGGUUCGAAUUCUUCAAGCCGCCUCAGGAAAUCAUCGAAGAACGGAAGGCCAAACUGGAGCGUAGGCAAAAAUUCAUCGAAGUGGAAUCUGAAAAAGAGGAAUUGGAAACAAAGAGGUCUAAAAACCCAGAAGGAAAAUGGUUAUUAAAGCCUUGCAUCUACAAAAGGAGAUAG